AAAUACACGUGGCAAAAUCUGAGUGGACAUCCAUGGUCAAUAAUAGCGGUUUGUAAUUGCUAAAAAAUAAUAAACCAUGUAGAAGUCGGUGAUGAAGUUAAAACCUAUAAAAGUAAACUUAUCUCUGCUUUACUUUCUAAAAUUAAACUUUGCGACCACACAAUUCCGAUACUUUGUGAAUCUAUUGACUGCCUAUUCAAUUUCUCUCCUCAACAAUCCCAAUGAUGGCUGAGAACCCUAAUUGCACUGUUUAUGUUGGGAAUUUGGAUGAGAGAGUAAGCGAUCGUGUAUUAUAUGACAUUCUAAUUCAAGCAGGUCGUGUUGUUGACUUGUACAUUCCUCGUGACAAGGAAACUGAUAAGCCUAAAGGUUUUGCCUUUGCUAAAUAUGAGACGGAAGAGAUAGCAGGCUAUGCUGUGAAGCUUUUCUCUGGUUUAGUGACACUCUACAAUAGAACAUUAAAAUUUGCAAUUUCUGGGCAAGACAAGCCCUCUAAUAACUCUCCAAUGGCAAUACUGCCGACCUUAAAUAUUCCCUCUAGACCAAGGCCUCAUCCUGUACCUUAUAAUGAUAAGGAAAUUUCACCAAAUUCUGUGAGGCUGUCAACUUCAUGCCGGUUUUCAGAGCAACAAACGAGUCACACACAAGGCAUGCCUGUUUGUUCCAUCGAUAAGAAGCUUCGUGAUCCUCUGUUAGUAUAUGGAGCAGCUGCAGUUACUUCUCUGAGUAGGUCCUGACAAGGACCGAUUUAUUCACUUACAAUAUUAUGUCAGAAAGUUGUGAAGCUAAUUCGUUGUUCGCAGCAUUUCUUAUAUUCCACCCACAAAUAUGCUAGUGUUUGGCUGCUUUGGAUUCAUCACCUCUUUAUCUGUUUUAUCCAUCAUUUUCUGAGGCAGGUUUGAAGUCGUGUUGAAUGUUUUAUAGUAUCGAGUAGGCAUUAUUUCUGUAGUGGUGUCCCUUAAGAUAUCCCGAGUGUACCAAGAAUCCCCAUUUUAUGUUCUCUUGCCAUGUCAAGCUUGAGGAUGAAGUAUCGAAUUAGUGAUCACAUUUGCUCAGGUUUCUUCCUUUUCCCAUCUUUGUUCUUUUUGGUUCUCUGUCCUUCGUUUUUUCUUCCUUCUCCUUCCUGAUAGAGCCAUGACUCAUUAUACUUCAUCUCCAUUGUCUCUCUUACCUUGGGGGUUAUACUUUUUGCCCCCC